GGUUGAAAACACUUCUGACAUCGUCAGCAAACUUACUUAUUGGGUGUCAUCUUCGCACCAGCCUCACGACGUUCUGGUCUCUACCUUAAAGUGCUUUUUGAGGAGAAGUUUUGAAAUAAGUGCUUAAGAAGGCGGCACUGACGGGGCGCCCCGGGCCGGCCGCCGCGCGGCUGCAGCAAGAUCAGGCAGGCUGAGCUGGGCCGGCGCCGGGCCGGGGCGGUGCGGCGCGGCCCGGGUAGCUCCCUCCUACGCCGGCCAGGAGACAUGUGACAGCGCGACUUCUGCUUCGAAGGCUCCAGAGGAACAGGGGCCGCGGCGGCACGGGGGAAGGACGGCUCUCCUCGGCUUCUCCGGCUCCCCCGGAGGCCGCGCCGCGGAGGAAAGCGCCGUCCCCGUUCUCGCCACUCCCCGUCGCUGCAGGUGCUGCCGCGGGACGAGGCGGUGCCGUGAGCGCCCGAAGCGGCUGCGGACUCCCAAGGGAACCCACCCCCGCAUCCUUGCGCGGGAGCCUCCUCACUGAGCCGAGAUGCCCAGACAAUUUCCAAAGCUGAACAUCUCUGAUGUUGAUGAGCAUGUGCGACUUCUAGCAGAGAAGGUAUUUGCUAAAGUUCUCCGAGAAGAAGACAGCAAAGAUGCCUUGUCACUAUUCACUGUGCCUGAAGACUGUCCUAUUGGGCAGAAAGAGGCCAAGGAGAGGGAACUGCAGAAGGAACUGGCAGAACAACAGUCUGUGGAAACAGCAAAAAGGAAGAAAAGUUUCAAGAUGAUUCGAUCUCAGUCUUUAUCAUUACAAAUUCCAUCCCAGGAAUGGAAAGCACCAUCAGCUAAUCCUGUUCUGUCUCCUGCAACACCAGUUCUUCCAACUGCUUUUGUGCCAGUCCAAGUGCCAUAUGAUGUACCAGAGUUUCAGAGAGUUUCAAUCAGUGGGGAUUACUGUGCAGGGGUUACAGUUGAUGAUUACGAGCAAGCUGCCAAGAGCCUGGUGAAAGCGCUUCUCAUUCGAGAAAAGUAUUCCCGUCUUGCCUACCACCGCUUCCCAAGAACAACAUCUCAGUAUUUGUGUAGCAUGCGAGACGAAAAAUGGAAGGUUGAAGAUGAAGUGUAUCCAGAUUUCCAUUCACCACCAGAAGAAAAUGAAGACCCUUACAAUCUUGAUGAUGCUCCAGACAAUUUGGAUUAUGUUGUGAAGAUAAAAGGUGGCAUUCCCUUUGUUUAUGAUAACAAAGAAAUGAUGGAACUCAACGAGCCCCGGAGUCUGCCGUAUCCUGACCUAGAGACCUAUACCCUUGACCUGAGCCAUGUUCUUGCUCUAAUUGCAGAUGGUCCAACAAAAACAUAUUGUCACCGGAGGCUGAACUUUUUAGAGUCUAAAUUUAGCUUACAUGAGAUGUUAAAUGAGAUGUCAGAAUUUAAAGAACUGAAGAGUAAUCCCCAUCGAGACUUUUAUAAUGUGAGAAAGGUUGAUACUCAUAUCCAUGCUGCUGCUUGCAUGAACCAGAAGCACUUAUUGAGGUUUAUUAAGCACACGUAUCAAACGGAGCCUGACAGGAUCGUUGCAGAGAAAAAAGGCAAGAAGAUUACUUUAAAGCAAGUCUUCGAAAGCCUUCACAUGGACCCUUAUGAUCUCACUGUAGACUCUUUAGAUGUCCAUGCAGGUCGUCAAACGUUUCAUCGAUUUGACAAAUUCAAUUCCAAGUACAAUCCAGUUGGUGCCAGUGAGCUGAGGGACUUGUAUUUGAAAACUGAGAACUACAUUGGUGGCGAAUAUUUUGCUCGUAUGGUCAAGGAAGUAGCCCGUGAACUAGAAGAAAGUAAGUACCAGUAUACAGAACCUCGCUUAUCCAUUUAUGGACGAUCUCCAGAUGAAUGGCUGAACUUGGCAAAAUGGUUCAUUAAGCAUAAAGUUUAUUCCCCUAAUAUGCGCUGGAUAAUUCAGGUUCCCAGAAUCUAUGAUAUAUUUAGGUCAAAAAAUAUCCUGCCUAGUUUUGGGAAGAUGUUGGAGAACAUCUUUGUACCUUUGUUUGAAGCAACAAUCAAUCCCAAAGACCACAAAGAAUUGCACCUUUUCCUCAAAUAUGUGACUGGCUUUGACAGUGUUGAUGAUGAAUCCAAACACAGUGGCCAUAUGUUCUCUGACAAGAGCCUUAACCCUGACCUCUGGACCAGUGAGAAGAAUCCCCCAUAUAGCUAUUAUCUGUAUUAUAUGUAUGUGAAUAUCAUGUUGCUAAACAACCUUAGGAGGGAAAGAGGCAUGUGUACUUUUCUGUUUCGACCUCACUGUGGAGAAGCUGGGUCUAUCACACACCUUGUAUCAGCCUUCCUGACAGCAGACAACAUUUCUCAUGGAUUGCUCUUGAAGAAGAGUCCUGUCCUCCAGUAUCUUUAUUAUCUUGCACAAAUACCCAUUGCUAUGUCUCCACUAAGUAACAACAGCCUUUUUCUGGAGUACUCAAAAAACCCACUACGGGAGUUUCUACACAAGGGACUUCAGGUGUCUCUCUCCACAGAUGAUCCUAUGCAGUUUCAUUAUACAAAGGAAGCUCUCAUGGAGGAAUACGCUAUUGCAGCCCAGGUGUGGAAACUGAGUACCUGUGACCUGUGUGAAAUAGCCAGAAACAGCGUACUCCAGAGUGGACUGUCAGACAAGGAAAAACAGAAAUUCUUAGGGGUGAAUUACUGCAAAGCAGGGCCUGAGGGGAACGACAUCCGAAAGACAAAUGUUGCACAGAUCCGGAUGGCCUUCAGGUACGAGACGCUGUGCAAUGAACUUAGUUUCCUGUCUGAUGCUAUGAGAACAGAAGAGAUUUCUACUCUGUCCAAGUAGUUACAAGAUCAAAGAAACCAGAACAUUUCACUUCUAAGCAAGAUAAGAUGCUGAUUAACACUGAGUCUGUCUUUGAUGCUACCAAGACAUAACUACGUAACUGAACAGCACAGAGAAAAGCAGAGUACCCGUGGAAGGUAAACAGCGUUUGCUGCUAUCUUUACUGCAUUAUUCUCAUUGCAAAAGUUUCAGUUUCUACAUCAUGAGGCUUUGUAAGAUUGCUGUAAAAAUGCAAACUCAAGAAUCGUGUUAAUGUUUGUUUCAUACUAUCCUAACUGUGCACUGUAUUGCAGCUUGGAAAACAACAGAGAAUAUUCACAGUGCGUCUGUGAUAAGCACCUUAGGAUCGUGCCGGUGCCGACAGUAUACAUGCACUUGGUUUUGUCUCGCUAGUCUCAGUAAUAAUCAUGGCAUUUAGCUCUUGUAAGUUUAACCCUUUAUUUGUUAGCAGUUUGUACGGGGUGCAUCAUUUGGAGGCUACCCUUUGAUUCUGGAAGGCACUCUGACACAGUUUUUAUGUUUCAGCAGUUCUACUGGAAAACAAGAAACACCAAAAUCCGGUAGCCUUGUUUAGUGACUAAUUACUUCCUGUUGUCAUGUAGGCUGUUUAUGAAGGACAGCAGAUUAACGCUUUUUAAUCUAGUAAGUAGAAAACAUGGUGUCAAGUCAUCACUAUUGUACAUUGUAAUAAUGAGUCUAAUUAUAUCAUAACUUUGCCUUGAAAGUUGAGAACACUUUUUUAUUGCUUUGUAAUGGGACUAUGUGGAUAUGCCAGUUCAAAUUACUUGGAAAUUUACGGAGAUAAUUUUGGUUGCUUAUAAAGGGAAAUUUUUUACUUGAACAAAGAAAGUGUUCUUACGAAUCAGUAGUAGAAAUUCCAGACCUGGGUUCUGGUCCUACUUCUGACAUCUUUUUACACAUUUGUGUUAGUUUGUAUUUUAGUCACGUAAGAGUUGAGUGAGAAGUCAAACUGCCUAUUUAUACAGGAGCUAGCCCACUUCAAAUCAAGUUAUGUUAAACUUGUUAUAUGUAAGGGAGUGGCCAGUAAGAUACAGCUACUGGAAUAUUUAUCACUUGCAAUCUUUUUUUUUUCUGUUUGAUCAUCCUUCUUAAGACACAGUGCUACUCAUUCAGAAAGGAUUGAAGGCAAUAACCUGAGCAUUACUGUAUUGUAGAAGCUGUACGUAGCUUCCCACCAGAGCCUCAAGGCUUGGGGCAGCAGAGGAUGUUGAUGCCUCUAUGUCCACCCUCACCCUACUUAACUUGAAAGCCUGUAGUCCCUAAGCUGAGAUCCUGAGCCUAUGGUUAGACCUGGGUAUCUAAUGUAAUACAUAGGGCGCUCAGCAUCUUAGAAUGGCAGUUCAGAAUUAAUGCAUAGAAGGCAAAUAAUGAGUACUGGCCCAUGAAGCCUCACUGGACACAAAACUCUGCAUGUUUUACUACAUCAGACAUCUUGUGCCAUUUGGAUUUCUCAAGCCAGGCCCUGCUUCUGGGGCUUGGGCACCUCCAUCCUUUGUUUCAAGACCUGAUCAGGUUUCAUUUUCCCUUGUAAAUGCAGCCAGAAGUAGCAGUGGUGACAUCACCAGUACCAAACCACUCAUGAGGGUAUGUAUGCAGUGAAAACACGUGCUCUCUCCUCAGGCCGUGGCAGUUCAAAGCAAUACCUACAAGGAGACUUUUAAAAUCUACUGUUUGUCCUGAAUGGUGAUUGCAGGGAAAUAACACCAAAGUCAGGGAAAGAGGAAUUCCCUGCCAUCUGUAGCUGGUCAGCCCUUUAAGAGCCCUGUAAGGGAUUAAACCUAAAGCCCAGAGACGAAGGCACAGGAGCAGAGUUCUGGCCAUCCUGUCCCUGUCACAGUUGGCCAGUGUCACGCACAGGGAGCUGCAGUGAUGGCAGACAUUCUUCAUCCAAAGUGGGAGAGUGGGAGAGUGGGAGACAGAGUGGGAGAGUGGGAGACUUGACUGAGUGGGAGACUUGACUGUAGGUCUUCAGUGACCUAGCCUAAUGUCUGCAGUGUUCAACCAGUGCCAGAUUUUGUAUUCCUUGUGCAGCUGAAAGUUAUGUGAAACUGUGCUGUGCUGCUCAACUGUAUGAUAAAAAAAAGUCCUAUGUUCUUAAGUUAACAGUGAACUACUGGCCUCACUGUUAGAAAAUUUAGCAGCUCAUACAUUGUCAGGACUGGCAAGUGCCAUUUUCUUAGGAUGAAGUUAGGAAGUGGUUCAAGCAUUUUAGCUGCAUAAGAUGCAGAUGUCUUGUCUUCAUUUGUAUGAUGUGCUAAUAAAUUGUUAUCAACAUAACAUUAUUUACCCAAGAAAAGCAUCCGCAUCCAGUUGAAAUAAACAACAUGCAUGGUUGAAUUUAAAUUCAGUAAUUUAAAUUGGAAGUAUUUUCAUCUGAUAAACAUUGCUUUACUUUAGUUGUUUCACCUUGAUUGCUACUAGUGCUGCUUUUUGUGUCACUUAGUUCUUAGAGUUCUUAAUAUUAUACCAAAUUUGUGUAUGUUUUACCUUCUCAGCUUUCCUGACCUCAAACACAUCAAGUUCCAAUAUGUCUGUAGCUCUUAUUAAAGAAAACCAACAAAAUUGGAUUUGAAUAUUGAGUUAAUGGACAGUAAUUGGGAUUUUGACAAUAAUACAAACACACAAGUGGUCAUGACCACUGUUUCUGCUUUCUGUGCUUCCUUGUGUGCUGCUCUUAAAGAUAAAUUGAGCUAAUAGUGUUAUAUUUAGGGCAACAAACCAACAUAUUUUCAAGCUUCCACUACUACAUCUCUUAGUCAUCUUUUAAUUAGGCAAAAGUUACUGAUUCUCAAGUUCAGUUCUUAAACCUCAGCUUCUUUUUGUUAAAGUUGCACUUUUGUUCUAAUGUAUGGCUGUUCAAAAUAACCUUGCACUCUUAGGCUGUGUAUGUUGUGAAGGGCUGAUCCAGUGUUGAGUGUUACUGACACCCAAACCACUGUUGUACACUUUCACUCAAAUGCAAGGCAGGGCAGCUGCUGCUUCCCCCGCCAGUGCUGAGAUCAAACCUGGUUACACCACAGCUUAUCUUUUACUCAAACAGAAAGGGACUAGAACAUCACUGUAGGUGGUGGCUGAAACAAGUGUUGCUUCAGAAUGAGAAAAUAUCCUCUUUUCCCAUCAUUUCAUUUCAUUGGUGUUAAGGUUCAAACAGUAGUCAAGACUUCCUAAAUUCUAUUAACUAAGCAUUUGAUACUUUUACCUAGAAGGGUUAGUUAUUGUUACUUGAUGUUUACAAAAUAUCUAUCAGAACAAUUUCCAGGGAUGCUUUUCCAUUCUGUCAUGUUACUUUAGCAAACCUAAGGCAUUUGCUCUGCCACUGGAUAAUACCGCAUUUUUUGUUGCUCACUCCAGAGUUACCUUGUCACGUCAUUGUUUUUGUGGCUAUACCUUUCUGUUCUAUUUGCCUAGUUAAAAUCCAAGUCUGAAAAAGGUGGUGGUGGGGGUGAGGGAUAUCUGUAAAAACUGCUUUUUCUUUCUGUGCCUGGGUUAAAUGAUGUUUAUCUUUUGCCUCUUGUGGAAGCGUUAAACAUUACACUAAUAAAUAAAUUCUAAAAUAA